CACAUGUCGCUUCUCGUGAUCUCCGGGUUCAGCGGCGCGCUGCUGCCUCAGCGCUCAGCCGUGAGCAUCCCGCGCUCGGCGGUGCAUGCGAUUGCCCGUGCCGCCGACGCCACGAUGGCAAUCGAGUCGGUCAAGGCGCGCCAGAUCUACGACUCGCGCGGCAAUCCGACGGUCGAGGUGGACCUUGUCGCGGGAGGCGUGCUGUCGCGGGCGUCGGUGCCGAGCGGCGCUUCAACAGGCGCCUACGAGGCGGUCGAGCUGCGCGACGGCGGCGACCGGCACAUGGGGAAGGGCGUGCUCACGGCGGUCGACAACGUGAACAAGGUGCUCGCCCCGCAGCUGGUCGGGAUGGACCCGACGGACCAGGCGGCGAUUGAUGCAAAGAUGAAUGGCCUCGACGGCACCGCAAACAAGGGCACCGUCGGAGCCAACGCCAUCCUGGGCGUGUCGCUCGCGGCCGCCAAGGCGGGAGCCGCAGCCAAGGGCGUGCCGCUCUACCGCCACUUCGCCGACCUGGCCGGCAACAGCCAGCUGAUGAUGCCGGUGCCCUGCUUCAACGUGAUCAACGGAGGCUCGCACGCGGGCAACAAGCUGCCGUUCCAAGAGUACUUUGUCAUCCCGACCGGCGCAGCCUCCUUCAAGGAGGGCAUGCUCAUCGGCACCGAGGUCUACCACAACCUCGCAAAGAUCCUCAAGAAGAAGUUCGGCGGCGACGCCACGCUGAUCGGAGACGAGGGCGGCUUCGCGCCGCCGUGCGACUCGCGCUCCGGCAUCGAGCUGGUGAUGGAGGCCAUCGACCAGGCGGGCUACGCGGGCAAGUGCACUGUCGGCCUCGACGUCGCCGCCUCCGAGUUCAAGGUCAAGGACAGCCCGUCGGGCAAGGACGCGCUGUACGACCUGGGCAUGUGGGACGCGACGUCGCAGCAGAUCACGGGCGCGGAGCUGAUGGAGUUCUACGGCGGCCUCAUCAAGGACUUCCCCGUCGUCACCAUCGAGGAUGGCUUUGACGAGGACGACUGGGAGAACUGGUCCGAGAUGGUUGCAAAGUACGGGAAGGACGUGCAGAUCGUCGGCGACGACCUCACCGUCACGAACCCGACCAAGAUCGCGCGCGCGGUCAAGGACAGCGCGGCCAACGCGCUGCUGCUCAAGGUGAACCAGAUCGGCUCCAUCACCGAGGCGAUCCAGGCCGUCAAGGACGCGAAGGCGGCCGGCUGGGGCGUGAUGACCUCCCACCGCUCCGGCGAGACGGAGGACACCUACAUCGCCGACCUCGCCGUCGGCCUCUGCACCGGCCAAAUCAAGACGGGCGCGCCUUGCCGCUCGGAGCGGCUCGCAAAGUACAACCAGCUGCUGCGCAUCGAGGAGGAGCUGGGCGCCUCGGCGCCAUACGCCGGAGCGGGCUUCCGCACGCCUCUGUGGAUGAACGAGUAGACAGGACUGCUCCUCUGAGGAGUCAUCGGCCAACCCCUUUGCCCAUCCUCCGCUGCGCGCGCGCCGGGGGGCGCGCGCCAGCGCGAUUGCGCCGCCCCGCGCGCCGGCCGCAGUGCGCAGAGGUGCCACUGCCAGAGGCCAGACCCAGAGCGCAGAGCCAGAGCGCAGAGGCCCAAAUGGUCCGUCUCCGAAAUGCUUGUGUUCCUCCCACUCGCUCUUUUCCGUACCGAUUCUUAUUACUGGCGUAUGGUAAUGACAACGUACAGAAGAACAUGCGCACAGAACUCUCAUACUGACUCCCCGACAUAACGCGUCCCCAGGCGCGCCGUGAUCAUUUUCCGGCUCCGCGCUGCGCCACACACUGCCCGACACUCCCGCUCAGUCCUUGUCCUUCUUCUUCUUUUUCUUCUUCUUCGGCUCCUCGGCCGCGGCCUCGUCGGCCGCCUCGCGCUUCUUCUUCUUCUUCUCCUUCUUGCCCUCCUUGUCGGGCUUUCCGCCUGCCUCGGCCCGCAGCUCGUCCAGCACCUCCCUCAUCGCGUCGACGUUCUUCUUGGGCGCCUCGCCAGAGUCGUAGAAGCGCAGCCGCUGCUCCACCUGCUCCUUGAGCUUGUCCCCGAACUUGGAGGUCGGCUCGUCCGAAAAGUUGUCGAUCCGGCACGCGAUGGAGCACUUGUUUGCGAGGUAGCGCGAGAUGCGGCCCUUGUUCUUUGCGGCGGCGCGGCCGAUGAAGGAGGAGUGGAAGAUGAGCCCGUACUUGGGCGUGUUGCCCUUCGUCUUGAGCGCGCGGAAGAGCGCCUUCUCGGCGCCCAGGAUCUGCACCGUCGAUGCGGGGUACUUUGACAGGUUGGUCAGCGAGCCCGCGUGCGAGAUGAGCCGCGCGCCGACCUGGUCGCCGAUCAGGGCUUGCAGGUUUGGCGCGACGGCAUUCAUCUUGUUGUGCAGGUACUCCUGCAGGGAGCGGCGGUAUUCCGCGAGCUUCAUCACGCGCUGCGCAAAGGUCUCGAUGUUGAGCAGGUCGAUGUCCGAGAUGUCCAUCCCCAUCGAGUGCUUUGACGCGUCGAGCACCGCCUUUGCCUUGUCGGCGUCCAUCACGACGCGCUCGAGCUCCGGCAGCCGCUCCGUCGAGAGCGAGUCGCGCCGCCGGAUGAGUGUGACGAGCGCGGCGUACAUGUAGUUAUCGGACACGAUCUUGAGCAGCUCCGGGAAGUGCCACGAGUACCACUCGCGCACGCGCAUCGCGAAGGUGUUGAUGUCCUUGUCGAGCGUGUCGAGGAUCGCUAUCGACUGGAUGAUGUGCUUGUCGGCGCGGUUGACAUCAAACUUGACCUUGCAGCGCGAGUAGGAGUGGGCGAGGCCCAGCUGCGCGCGCUCCACGUCGCCCGUCCGCAGCCCGGACAGGAAGGUCGAGAUGUGCACCCGGCAGCCCCGCAGCAGCUCGCGCGUGAGGUCGUUGCACACGACCGGCGUGCCGAGCUCCUCCUGGAUGGCCUUGCCGAUCUUCUCCUCGCCGACGCCGAGGGCCGCCUUGGCCUUCUUGCCCGCCUUGGCGGCGGGCACAUUCGUCUCCACCGCCGUCCGCAGCACCGGGGAGAGCACACCCUCCCCCAAGUCGUUGAUAUUUUCGAGGGCGUCCUCUGCCGACGUAAACGGCAUAAAGCCGCGGAGCGCGCAAAUCUUGGAGAAGCGAGAAAAGUCGGGCGUCGCCUUCUGUGCGUCCGCCAGCUCGGCGCCAAUCUCGUCCGACUCCUUUCGGUCGAAGAUGGCAAAGCCCAUCGCCGUCUCCAGCAGCAGGAACCGGACCUCAACCAUGGCAGAUCCCCCCUUCCGACGCGAGCUCGUGUGCUGUAGCUCGCGGUGGCGGCGAGGAGCGGCACGAUC